AUGGCGCGCCUCUCGAGGAGUAGCGUCGGCGCGUCCAAGUCUUUCACUUGGACCACCGUCUUUUACCUUCUUUUGGUUCUGAUUGCCCCAAUGGCCCUGUUCGGUACCGGUGCCCAGGCCGAGAACGACACCGAGGUUGAAGAUUAUGGCAGUGUUAUUGGUAUUGAUUUGGGAACCACCUACUCCUGUGUCGGUGUGAUGCAACAAGGCAAGGUUGAGAUCAUCGCCAACGACCAGGGUAACCGUAUCACUCCUUCCUACGUCGCUUUCACCGAUGAGGAACGUCUUGUUGGUGACGCCGCCAAGAACCAGUACGCCGCCAACCCUGUCCGCACCAUCUUCGAUGUCAAGCGUUUGAUUGGUCGCAAGUUCGAGGACAAGGACACCCAAAAGGACAUCAAGCACUUCCCCUUCAAGGUUGUCAACAAGGAUGGCAAGCCUAAUGUAAAGGUUGAGGUGAACCAGACCCCUAAGAUCUUCACUCCUGAGGAGAUCUCCGCCAUGGUUCUCGGCAAGAUGAAGGAAACCGCUGAGAGCUAUCUCGGCAAGACUGUCACUCACGCCGUUGUUACCGUCCCCGCCUAUUUCAAUGAUGCUCAGCGUCAGGCCACCAAGGAUGCUGGUACUAUUGCCGGCCUCACUAUCCUGCGUGUCGUCAACGAGCCUACCGCCGCCGCUAUCGCCUAUGGUCUUGAUAAGGUCGGUGAGGAGCGCCAGAUCAUUGUCUACGAUCUGGGUGGUGGUACUUUCGAUGUCUCCCUUCUGUCUAUUGACAAUGGUAUCUUCGAGGUUCUCAGCACCGCCGGUGACACCCACCUUGGUGGUGAGGACUUUGACCAGCGUGUCAUUGACCACUUCGUCAAGCUCUACAACAAGAAGAACAACGUCGAUGUCACCAAGGACCUCAAGUCCAUGGGUAAGCUCAAGCGUGAGGUUGAGAAGGCCAAGCGUACUCUGUCUUCCCAGAUGUCCACUCGCAUUGAAAUCGAGUCUUUCCACAACGGCGAGGACUUCUCCGAGACUCUGACCCGCGCCAAGUUCGAAGAACUGAACAACGAUCUGUUCAAGAAGACCCUCAAGCCUGUUGAGCAGGUUCUUAAGGAUGCCAAGGUCAAGAAGGCUGAUGUCGACGACAUUGUUCUUGUUGGUGGUUCUACCCGUAUCCCCAAGGUUCAGAGCCUCAUUGAAGAGUUCUUCGGUGGCAAGAAGGCCAGCAAGGGUAUCAACCCUGACGAGGCCGUUGCCUUUGGUGCCGCCGUCCAAGGUGGUGUCCUUGCCGGUGAUGAGAACCUCAAGGAUGUUGUUCUCAUGGAUGUUAACCCCCUGACUCUGGGUAUUGAGACCACUGGUGGUGUCAUGACCAAGCUCAUUCCCCGCAACACUGUCAUCCCCACCCGCAAGUCGCAGAUCUUCUCCACUGCGGCCGACAACCAGCCCACCGUGUUGAUCCAGGUCUUCGAGGGUGAGCGCUCUAUGACCAAGGACAACAACCAGCUCGGCAAGUUCGAGCUGAACGGUAUUCCCCCGCUCCUCGCGAUCGAGGUCGCUUUCGACCUUGAUGCCAACGGAAUCCUCAAGGUCAGCGCCAGUGACAAGGGCACCGGCAAGGCCGAAUCCAUCACCAUCACCAACGACAAGGGACGUCUCACUCCCGAGGACAUUGAGCGCAUGGUCCAGGAAGCCGAGGAGUUCGCCGAGGAGGACAAGGCCAUGAAGGGCAAGAUUGAGGCCCGUAACGGUCUCGAGAACUACGCCUUCAGCCUCAAGAACCAGGUCGCCGACGAGGAGGGUCUGGGUGGCCAGAUCGACGAGGACGACAAGCAGACCAUCCUGGACGCUGUCAAGGAGGCCAUCGACUGGCUCGAGGACAACGGCCCCACCGCCAGCGCCGAGGACUUCGAGGAGCAAAAGGAGCAGCUCUCUGGUGUUGCUUACCCGAUCACCAGCAAGCUGUACGGCUCUGGAGCUCCUUCCGAGGAUGAUGAGCCCCUGGACCACGACGAACUGUAA